GAUGCACUGGUCAGAUCACAUUUUAAAAAUAUAGACCAGAUGGAUGUACCAUCCAAGUUCUUCUUCAGCACAGAAAAAAAGUAUGGCCAAAAACGUUUUAUUCUUUCCUUGCGUUCUGAAGCUGGGUUUCUUUUAUCAAACCCUAAAGAUAUACGAAAUAGAGCAGUCAGCUUUUACAAAAAGCUUUAUGGCUGUGAGCACAAGGAAGACAGGGUUGUUGAACAGCUGUUUUUUGAAGAGUUACCAAAAGUCUCUGAAAAAUCAAAUAAGGCUCUGAAAAGGGCUAUAGGCCUGGAAGAACUGCAUAAGGCUCUCCAAGGCACUGAGAAUGACAAGGUUCCUGGGAUAGAUGGAAUCCCAGUUGAGUUUUAUAAAGCAAUUUGGUCUGUUAUAGGAGAGGAUCUGCUGGCAGUUCUUAGUGACAGUUUAGUCAGAGGACUUCUGCCACUGAGCUGUAGGAGAGCAGUUCUUACUCUUUUGCCCAAAAAGGUGAUUUGAGUGAUAUAAAGAGCUGUUGACCUGUGUCUUUAUUGUGCAGUGACUAUAAGUUGCUCUCUAAGGUGUUAGCCACUUGUCUGGGAAGAGUUCCGGGUGAGGUUAUCCACCCUGACCAGUCCUACUGUGUGCCAGGUAGGUCGAUUUGUGAUAAUAUUCAUUUAAUUAGAGAUUUAUUUGAUGUCUCUAAGAUGUUUGGUGUAGAUAUUGGCUUGAUUUCCAUAGAUCAAGAGAAAGCAUUUAAUCAUGUGGAACAUAAUUAUUUGUGGAAGGCUCUACAGGCUUUUGGUUUUAGCUCUGAUUUUAUUGCCUAUAUUAAAGUUUUAUAUAGUGACAUUGAGAGUGUACUAAAGGUUAAUGAUGGCUUAUGUGCUCCUUUUAAAGUGUGUCAUGGAGUAAGACAAGGUUGUUCUUUGUCAGGUACUUUAUAAUCUAACAAUAGAACCACUUCUGAAUAAAUUAAGAGGAGUUUUAGAAGGAAUUUCUUUACAAACUUGUAAAAUGUAUUUUUGCUUAUAUGCUUAUGCUAAUGAUGUUAUCAUAAUGAUCAAUAAGCAAAAUGAUGUGGACACAUUAUUAAAGACAUUGAGAAGGAUUUUGAAACUAACUCUUCUGCAAGAGUUAACUGGAAUAAAAGUGAGGCAGUUUUAAUAGGGAAGUGGAAAGGUGGGGUACCAAACCUCCCAGAUUGGUUAAUUUUGACAAAAAAUGGUUUAAAGUAUUUGGAAGUAUGUUUGGCGAUGAGAUAACUGUUCACAAAAACUGGGAGGGAACAACUGAAAAACGUAAAGGUUGAUUAGAAAAAUGGAGAUGGAUUGUACCAUACUUAUCAUACAGGGGAUGCACUCUAAUUAUUAAUAAUAUUUUAAAGACUGCUGAAGGACUAUGUUAAGACACAUCCUUGUUCUUGUUGGAUCCCAAAAGAAUCAACACAUCAAGGUUGCCAGUUUUCUACCACAAUCGUUUUUAAAGUGUGGGUUCACAGUUUCUUUAUUCUGGCUGUUGGAAGAACCCCUUAUUUAUGGUGCACAUUUGGACAUUUUAGAGACAUGUGGGAUACUGACUGCGGUAUUCAGUAAAUCCAAGAUCUCAACACUCAGAUGUUUAAACAAACUGGCUGGUCCGAGUUUCAGAAAAGCUGAGAAUGUAGCUGCUUCCUUAAGAGUUAAAUCAAUUUGAGUUAUUGCACAAGUACUACAGAAAUCUGUUUUUACAACAGAACAAACAAACAUGCUUCAAGAUUAUUGUGCCUAAUGAUAAAGACUUGUUUCCUAAUCUGAUUCUUUCUCCGAAUUUAGAUGAGUAUACUGGUAUUUUUUGAAAAUGUAACAUAUACGGAUUUGUAUGAGAGUAGUGGCAAAAAGAUGUACAAGGCUUAUGUAAAAGUUUUUAACAAAAAGAGGUUGCAUGAAAGAGUUGAUACACCCUGGCGUAUGUUUUUUGUAAUGGGUGAAGAUACUAGACCAGAGUGGAGAGCACUUUAUAAGCCACCAUUAACUAAAAGAUUUGGAGACUUACAAUGGAGAGUUUUACAUGGCAUUGUUGCUGUUAAUGCUUUUAUUUCUCUUUUAAAUCCAGAAGUUGGCCAAGAUUGUCCUUUUUGCCUCCAAAGAGAGACUGUUUUUCAUGCUUAGCCAUUUUUGAUGUUUUACUAAAUAUUUUUAAUGUUUUUGAUGAAGAAUUUUCGAAGAUGGCAAUAUGAGCGCCAGUUGUUAAAUUUUAUUUUGAGCAAAGCCAAAAUGGACAUUUAUGUUAGUAGAAAAUGUUGAUGAUUAUAAUGUUGUAAUGGUGUUUGUAGCUACUAUCAAAUCAAGACUUUUAAUUGAUUUUCGUUUCUACAGAGCUAUAGAUUGUCUAGUAAUAUAUGAAAAAAUAUGGUGUCACAGAGGAGCAUUGUGUUCUAUUAUUGAAAAUUUUCUGUAGAAUUCUAAAUUUGAAUUUUAUAAUGUUUUUAUAUCGCUAAUUAUUUGUAAAAUAAAAAAUAAAAUAAAAAAAUCUCUCUUUCUCUCUCUCUCUCUCUCUCUCUCUCUCUCUCUCUCUCUCUCUCAUUGAGGCAGUCUGCUUAUGAAUACAAUUUAAAUUAUUCUGCCAGAUUCUGAAACCUAUUUUUUCCAUCCAACAGUUGUGUCCUCUGCUGCCUGGACUGAUAUUUGAUGUAUAUGUAAAGAUUCAUAUGCAGCAAAAAAGUGGGAUCUGGGAAUAAAAAUGUAUACCCAUCACGUGCAAAGAGAGCGUUUCGACUUCCUGUGACUUACAGACAAAGAAACAUCCAGCAGCACCUGUACUGAAAAGCAUCUCCAUUCACUCCACACUAUAUUUAUGCUUUAUUAAUGACUGUCGGAACAGACGCAGUGCAGUGAAGUCCCACAGAGACAGAAAGUCAGUUAUAGGAAAAUGCAUGCUGCAAAUCUCUUAUAGAUAAUAUGAGACAGGGAAGAGGGCCAUUAAAUCUUCUAUGUCCUUCGUCAAUAACACUGAUACCCCUUUAAAUAACAUGAUUACCAGCACCAAUAAAUAAUUGGUGGCACCAAUGCUCAUCUAAUGCUCCUCUAUAGCAGAAUGAUGCUAAUGAACAAAACUGAACCAGUUUUGACAGCAAAAGAUGGAUGGUUUGUGCUCGUUUGAGCAAUGUUCUUCAAAUAACUACACGUGGCCUGUGGGCUGAACACGUGUGAUUGACAGGCGCUCAAGCCACUGCCGAGAUGCCAUCAAAGGUGUCAUGCCUGUACAUGCUGACUGUGGUCUGCUGGGCCAGUGCUCUGUGGUAUCUCACCGGUUCCCGCCCCUCAACCUCCUACGUGGGUCCGAUGAACUUCGCCGUCCGCAAACCACUCCCAAGACUCUCAAAAAAUAAAACGUUGAACAACAUCCGAACACGUUCCCUAAACCCACACAAUUUCAAGUUUCUAAUCAAUGAGCCCACCAAAUGUGAAAGCAAAACACCCUUCCUGGUCCUCCUCAUCAGCACCAACCACAAGGAGUUUGACGCCCGACAGGCAAUUCGGGAGACUUGGGGCGACGAGAACACAUACAGUGAUGUUCGCAUUCUGACUCUGUUUCUUCUUGGGUUCAGCACAGAACCGGUCCUCAACCAGAUGGUGGAACAAGAAAGCCAGAUCUUCCAUGACAUCCUGGUUGAGGACUUUGUGGAUUCCUACCACAAUCUGACCCUAAAAACUGUCAUGGGGAUGCGCUGGGUGUACUCAUUCUGCCCCGACGCGCAGUACAUCAUGAAAACGGACAGUGAUAUAUUUGUCAACAUGGACAACUUAGUGUUUAAGUUGCUGAGACCCAAUACCAAGCCAAGGCGGCGCUUUUUUACAGGUCGCGUGAUAAAUGGAGGCCCCAUUCGUGACAUCCGCAGCAAGUGGUUCAUGUCCAGAGAGCUCUAUCCUGACAGCAGGUACCCACCCUUCUGCUCUGGCACCGGGUAUGUGUUCUCUGGAGAUGUUGCAGAGUUGAUCUAUAAGACCUCUCUCCAUACAAGACUCCUAUAUCUGGAGGAUGUGUAUGUGGGAUUGUGCCUGCGUAAACUAGGUAUUCAACCCUUCCAGAACAGUGGAUUUAAUCACUGGAAAAUGACCUACAGUCUCUGUCGCUACCGGAAAGUGUUGACUGUGCAUCAGAUCUCACCAGAGGAGAUACUCAGAAUAUGGAAUGAUAUGUCCAACAAGAAACAUCUCAAAUGCUAACAAACACAAGACAUUGUUAAAGGAAUAGUUCACCCCCAAAAAGUCAUACGGGUUUGGAACAACUUUAAAAUGAGAAAGGAUUACAGAAAUGAAAUUUUUUGGUGAACUAUUCCUUUAUAUUUGUGUAUAAUGAUGUUAAAACUUGAAGGAGUAAAAACAUGAUUCAUCUACUAGACUGCUGUGAACUUAUUUGCUUUAUAUUAGUAGUGCCGACAUUCAAAGUAAAAUAAAAUUAUAUUAGAAAUAGCACUACAGUAUUUACUAUCCCAGAAUUCUGCCAAAUACUACAUUUAAUCAUGUAAAUCACUUUUAAUGAAUGAGAAUGCAUAUUUAUGUGUAGUAAAAGCCUUUGCAAAUCAUAUAGCUCAGUUUUAGAACCUGAAUAGGAACAUUAUUUUGCCAUUGUUUAGGGUAUGAUGAAAUGGUAACACUUUACAAUAAGGUUCCAUUCAUUAGCAUUAGUUAAUGCAUCAGAUAUCAUGAAGUAACAAUGAAUAAUAAUUUAUAGCAUUUAUUAAUUUUUGUUAAUGCUAGUUAAUAAAAAUACAAUUGUUCAUUGUUAGUUCAUGUUAGUUCAUAGUACAUUAACCAAUGUUAACAUAUUAAACUUUUGAUUUUAAAUAUAUGUUGAAAUUAACAUUAACAAAGACUAAUAAAUGCUGUAAAAAUAUUGUUCAUUGUUAGUUCAUGUUGUUAACUAAUGUUAACAAAUGGAACCUUAUUGUAAAGUGUUACUGAUUAAAUAAUGCAAAAAUAAAUUGCAUAGACACACACACUUUGAUUUUUCAUUUACAUUACAUGCAUGCACAAGAAAUACAAUGAAACAGGCAUUCGCACACACAUAAAAGUACCUUCUUCUUGGCAGGAAGAGCUAUUUACUCUAGCCAGUCCAGCUGAAUUAAAGAGAAACUGAGCUCCAAUUCGCAAAUCAAUCAGCCAAGGAUACUGAAACCCAAUGCAAAACCAUUAGCCCCCCAAAAAAACCUUUCCAAUGUAACCUUUUAACCUUUACAAGUAGUAUGUGCUUUGUAUUUUUGACAGCAAGUGAUUGUGUACUGCAUUAGUGUAUAUUUAGCCAUUCAGUUGUGUACUGCUGGUGGAUGAAUGAAACAGGGGGCAAAAAUGGUCUUGUAUUAUAAUAAUGUAACAUAGCACAUGUGAAAAGGCCACGCUCGGACCAUGCACUUUAUUUUGUAUAUGAAAACUCAUGGACAGAUUUGUUUAGCACUGCUGACUGUAUAUUGAAUAAACAUAUCCACUUUUUCUAAAA